CGUCACUUCUUACUUCCUCUGCCAUCCUUUUCUGAUCUGCAUGCUGUAGUUCAUCGUCGACGUCUCCCACGGCAAACCAUCGUUCGACCUCUUCGCUUACUGCCGACAACUCUAGUGCAGUUGCACUUGAGUUACCUCUCCCUGUCGAUCUCCGUGAAAUGUCUCCUCUCACGGAAGCCCCUGCGGAUGAAAUCAAUGGUAAUGUGCCUGAAGCGGAUGCAGAAGACUCUCCUUCUCAGCGGAAGGGGAAGAAACGCGCCCGCGCUGCCUGACGUUCAUGUCGUACGUUGAUCAUUGGCUUUUCUUUGUUCUAUUCGCCUGACGUCAGAAUGUACAGCCAGUAUGCAUCAGUCUUCGUACUUAUAUCACCUGUGGCCGUGUUGAAUGUACUGUAUUGCGAUAUGUAUUUUUAUGUUCAUGCAUGAGCGCGUUCGACCUUGCUAUUCCCUGCUGGACCUUGCGCAGGGCGCAUGUAGGCCAACAACGUUAGCAUGGGAACUAGCCGCUGUCGCUGCGCACCACGCGUCACGCGUCACGCCCAACCCUGCGCAGCGCCAGCCUCUCCCAGUGCCGCCGUGAUCGCCUUUCCCACUUACGGAGCAACGCCCGCCUGUGCGAGCACGGAGCUAGGGCUUCACCUUGGCUCCCCGGAGACAGGUGCUGACUCCCCGUGUCUUUGCUGGCUCGUUGGUCCUGACUGGUUCGGACACCAUCUAUGUCCACCGCCGCUCCUUACAUCUCGCACCUGCCCACUCCCGCGCCGCCCUCUUCACACCUUCGUCCAUGUCGACGACGCCGCAGACGCAGUACCAGCCAUCGUCAUCACCCGCCACCCACCGCCCACUAUCGAGGUUAUCGCCCCAGUGGCGUGUCCGUCUACGAGUACAACGAGCAGCUCGCAGAGGCCAACUUACACGCUGCUGCCACCGUCGACUACCACAACCCAUACACGUCAUCUAGGCAGGCGCUUGCGCCUCAAGCCAACGUUCACUGCAGAUGCGGCGCUCACGACAUGUACCUCCCCGGAAGACGUGAAGUUCCCAACCCAGAAGGCCAACAAAUCCUCCCCGCGCUCCUCGCAGCCUGACCUCCGUCUCAAGCCGUCUGCGUCCAGACUCCAUGCGCGAGCGUCAGCGUGCCCACGACAUCCGAUCGCCUGCGCAGCCACCGCCGACUCUGCGGCCAUGGCAAGUCUGCACAGGGUGGCGAACAGGCCGGGAGUGCCCAUGGUCAGGUCACGAUGCUAUACGACACUCCUGACCUGACAAUACCAUUAUCUCACAAUGAAACUUUAUCUACCUUAGCUGCCCGGUGUGUCUCUGCCCACACGAGUUCUUCCCUCCUGACUAUGCCCCCGGGCCAUCUCUCGCCGAGCUCAUCUCCGUCCACAUCUCUUUCAUCGCAUCUCUCUCAGACAUCGUGAUGCACAGCUCCUUAUACGCUGGCCGUGUGUCCUUCUCUCACCGUACACCUCUUGACAACCCGUCUCGUCUCUAUCUUCGGUCAUGGC